UUGCAGUUAUGAUUCGUGGCUCGUAAGUCGUGAGUCGUGACGAACAUCAGAGCUAAAGUGACUUAGGUUUUUCGUUUUCUGUGUUUUGCGGUAUUACUGAAAUUCCUAUUCUAAAAGUACCUCAGCAUUUAAUCAAGAUUAAAGCAUCAUCUUGUUUGCACGAAUUCGCUGACUUGUUUUUCUUACACACAUCUACAUUGUUUUGUCUUAUUAGUAUUGCAGUAAACAAAAUUUAAACAUGAAGGACUCCGAAGUUGAAUCCAAAAAUAUAAUAAAAAACAGAGAGUUACUGUAUAGGCAUAUGAUAAGCCAAUUAUUUUAUGAUGGGCAUCAGGCGAUAGCUGUACAACUUUCAAAUCUAAUUCAGUCCGAACCACCCUGUCCACCAUCAGAUAGAUUAUUGCAUCUGAUGCUGAUUGGAAUGGCUCAUGAGCCAGACAGAUCAAAAAAAGAAAACAAUCAUGGAUCAACGUUUUCAGCAGAGAACACUCUUGGACCAGGAUUAGAUUUAGAAUUUGAAACAGAGGCAACAGUCCAAGCCCCAGAACCAGCUCAGUAUGAAACUGCCUACGUGACAUCUCAUAAAGGAAAUUGUCGUGCUGGUGCAUUUUCUGCAGAUGGUCAAUUAAUUGCUACUGGCUCUGUAGAUGCAUCAAUUAAAAUUCUAGAUGUUGACAGAAUGUUAGCUAAAUCAGCACCUGAAGAAGUACCUGGAGAUCAAACUGGUGGACAUCCUGUAAUAAGAACUUUAUACGAUCAUUUGGAAGAAGUAACUUGUUUAGAGUUUCAUCCUAGAGAACCCAUUUUAGUAUCUGGUAGUAGGGAUUUUACAGUAAAGUUGUUCGAUUACUCUAAAGCCAGUGUAAAAAAAGCAUUUCGAACAAUCACUGAUGCAGAUCAAAUCAGGUGUUUAUCAUUUCAUCCAACAGGUGAUUUUCUGGUUGUUGGUACCAACCACCCAGUUAUAAGACUUUACGAUGUAAAUACUGCUCAGUGUUUUGUCAGUAGUUUUCCUAGUCAUCAGCACACAGGUGGAAUAACAAGUUUAAAAUACUGUUCUGAUGCUAAAAUUUUUGCAUCAGCUAGUAAAGAUGGAUCGAUUAAAUUAUGGGAUGGUAUAUCAAACAAAUGUAUUAAUACAUUUACCAAAGCACAUGAUGGAAACCAAGUUUGUUCAGUGACUUUCACUAGAAAUGGAAAGUAUCUUUUAUCAUCGGGUAAAGAUUCUCUCAUCAAACUUUGGGAGUUAUCUACCAGCAGAUGUUUAAUAGCUUACACGGGUGCUGGAACAACUGGCAAACAAGAGCACAAAGCUCAAGCUAUUUUCAAUCAUACAGAGGAUUAUGUUAUGUUCCCUGAUGAAGCCACAACUUCUCUAUGUGCUUGGAACUCAAGAAAUGCUUCAAGAAAGCAAUUGUUAUCAUUGGGUCAUAAUGGUCCAGUAAGAAUGAUUGUUCAUUCUCCAGUGAGUCCGGCAUUCUUAACAUGUUCGGAUGAUUUUAGAGCAAGAUUUUGGUAUAGACGAAUGCCUAAUCAUUAAAAUUAAAUAAUGGACAAAAUUAUAAGUUAUGGUUUUAUUGUAUUAUGAAUCUUAAAGUAAUUUGUAGGAACAAUGUACAGGUACGUUCGUAGAAAGUCGCUAGCUUACUUUUAACUAAAUUAAUUAAUUAAAACUGUAUAUAGAUAAAUCUUAGAUUAAUUGUUUUGAAAAGUUAAAAAAAAAAAAUUACACAUGAAUGAAUUAA